AAACAUUAGUUUAUCGAUACGUGGGAGAGGAACUGCACUUUCUAAGCUUUACGUUUAAUUUCAGCCCGAUAAUAAUGUUAGUACCCGCUGUUAGAUAACCCGACUGUAAAGCAGCGACCACAGCGACCUCAACAACCGACCGUCGGUAACGUUAACAGCUGCUCAGCGACCCACUGACUCUUUGGACGUUUCAUUCAUAAAUAUGAUGGAGGAUUUCUCUGGUUUGGCUCUGCCCCCUUUGUUUGGAGGACACAUCCUGGAGGCAGAGCUGGAACCAGGCGGUGUGGAGCUGGGACCAGGAGAGGUUGAGCUGGGGCCCGGAGGCAGCGAGCUGCUGGAGAGUACAGCACAAGAGGACGAAGAGAGAAGAGCUCUUGAUAAGAGGAAAUAUCUGGCUCUGAGCAGGAGGUGUAAAGAAAUUGAACAGGUGAAUCAGAAGAUUCUUGGUCGCCUUCACCAAGUACAAAGAAUUACACGGCGCUUCAAGAAAGAGAGGCGGUUUCUCAUGAAGACUUUAGACGCUCAUGGGGACGACUACAGAAACGCUCAGCUCACUAUACUUCUAGAGGAUGAGGCUGGAGCCCAUUUAGAUCCUGCUGCUGGGGUGGAGGAGGACCGGCUCAACGGUGUGUCUGGUUCCACUUCAUCUGCAGCUUUGCAUCACGCUGCCGGACCAAAGAAGAGGAGGCACCGAAUUCCACGACAAGACAAAGAUAAAGACCAACAGACAGAACCAGACGUCUCUGUGUUGGCAGAGACACAGUUUGGAGAAAUGCCCAGCCCAACCUCUCUGUCUCACUGAUUGUUGCGCUGCCCUGGAUAUGAUGAUGAUGAUGAUGAUGAAGGAGCACCCAGAUUCUUAAACUGUUCAGUAGAUACGCUGCCUCUGUUCAGCCAGGUUUUGCACUGUUUUUGUAGUUUUACUUGAACAUUGUGAACAGAUUAGAUUCAUGUAAGGUAAAAAAGUAAUGAUAUUCACCAGGUACACAUAUACAUUGGUUUUGUAUAUGUUAUUUUCUUUUGCCAUAUUUUGUACUAACACAUAAUUAUGACCAGUGUCAAACUGCACACUGUCAUGGACAACCUUGUUUGGUAAAUAUCUAAAUAUCUGGCGACCCGGGUACAAUUAAUGUAAGGCAGUAAACGUGCCUUAUUAAUCGCUUUCAUAAUGCAUUCCUGGAUCAGAGAUUUCAGUGUUUAUGAUUUUAUAUGAGUAAGCAGACUCAUUAUCAAUAUUAAAGUAUUACAGACUGCUAUUUAUGACAUGUUUUUUUUUUUUAUUGGAAAGUUUUUUAAGUGUUCACAUUUGCAUCAACAAUUUAAACUUGAACAACAACUGAUGAAAAACUCAGUUGUGUGUUUUUGUUGUGUUUUUAUCAUGGUUAUACUGUUAAAUAGUAAAAGAAAAUACUAACUUAA